GUUUUAACAGUCGUCUGUCAAACUGCCUCUCUAUUGGAGGUCAUCUACUGGAGGUGUCAGGAAACUCUCAAGCAGCAUGAAGCUGUUGCUAAUCGCAGCUGCCUCUCUGGCAGUGGUGAGCUGUGCCAGCCUCUCUCUGGAGGACCUGGAGUUUCACGCAUGGAAACUCAAGUUUGGUAGGGUCUACAGGACGCCUGAGGAGGAGGCCCAGCGCAAAGACAUCUGGCUCUCCACCCGCCGUAGGGUUCUGACCCACAACAUCCUGGCUGACCAGGGCAUCAAGACCUACCGCAUGGACAUGAACCACUUCUCCGACAUGCAUUUGGAGGAAUACCGUGUUCUCCUGGGAGACUUGGUUCCUCCAAAUGUCACUGUAUCUCCAUCUGGGCAAGGCAAGAUGGCCUUCAGACACAAACAGGGUGCUGAGCUGCCUGCAGCUGUAGACUGGAGGAAAACUGGCUGUGUGACGGAUGUCAAAGAUCAAGGCUCCUGUGGAUCGUGCUGGGCCUUCAGUGCAACAGGUGCACUGGAGUUCUACACCUGCAUAUAUAAGGGAUAUCUCCCCUCUCUGAGUGAACAGCAGCUGGUGGACUGCUCUUGGUCAUAUGGGAACGAGGGCUGCAAUGGAGGCUAUAAGCACAAGGCUUUCCAGUAUGUCAGCGACAACGGUGGGAUAGACACUGAAGCAUCUUAUCCUUAUGAGGGACAGGAUUCAUCCUGCCGUUUCAAAAAGUCAGGUAUUGGUGCCUACUGCAGUGGAUAUAUGAGGUUGCCGUAUGGAGAUGAAGGAACUUUACAGACGUAUGUGGCAAACGAGGGACCUGUGUCUGUUUCUAUUGAUGCUGGACACGAAUCUUUCCGUCAGUAUUCAUCUGGUGUCUAUUAUGAGCCUGCGUGCAGCAGUUCUAAGACUAAUCAUGCCAUGUUGGCUGUCGGUUACGGAACUGAAGAUGGCCAGGACUACUGGCUGGUGAAAAACAGCUGGGGUGUCCGCUGGGGAGAACAAGGCUACAUCAAGAUGGCCCGGAACCAGAACAAUCAGUGUGCCAUUGCUUGUUAUCCAUAUUAUCCUCUGGUCUGAUGAGAUCAGUACAGCCAUGUGAGAACUGCUCCGAUCCAUGAGCUUGUGGCUCAUUGAUCAUUGCUUUGCAUUCUUGCCACAGUAUUGAUGUUUGUGCCUCUUUUAUAAAUGAAUCAAAAUGUCUUAAUGUCUUGUCUUUGAAAUAAAAAUAACUGAUGUGAA